AUGCUACCCACAGCAGAAGACCGACCAUCAUGGGCCCGUACAGGCCCUACUCGCGAGCAGGGGCGGAUAUCUUAUGGCCUUAUGCCCACGGCCGGACGGACAUGAUGCCCCUGGUCCCGAGUAGCCCCCUAGCCAUCAGCACCACCAUAGACUCCAGUAAAAGGAUCAAGCUUUCCACGCCCAUCAAGCCCGAUAACCGCGUCCCUUUAGUAAUUGAUACUUCGGACAACAACCACACCAACAGGGAGUCCACGUACACCCCGCAAGUAGAAGCUAUCUCCCCCACUCUGCCGUCGGACCCCAGAGAUGAAUCCCCGCUCCGAUCCACCAAAGACGAUCUUCUAAAACAUAUUGAACAAGUAGACCGGGAGAUUGCCAAGGCGGAGUCUAGUAUAGCCAAGCUGCGGAAAAAAGAGGGAGAGUUGCAAGUUGCGGCAGCGAAGGGGGACGGAGCCAAGCCAGAAGAGGAGGACACCAAGGAGCCAAGACAUCAUAGUAUAGCGCAGAUUAUUUAUGCUGAAAAUAGAAAAAAGGCUGAGGAGUCCCAUAAUAUACUUGAUAAGCUGAUGCCGCCAACAGAUGUGCCGACUGUGUUGCCGCUAUACCACCAGCCCACGGACACAGAGGUCUACAUGGCAAACAAAAGGCAGUACGCAGGUUUCAAGCGGAGACUGGUGGAGUACUUCAAGAAACGUCAUGCAAACAAAAACGAGCGGGAUUCACACCUCACCCAGACUUACUCCAAACUUAUGACUGAGUGGCUAAAGAAAGUUGAAAAGGUGGAAAACUCUAAAAAGCACAAGGAAAAGGUGGCCAAGAACCGAGAACUGUUCGAAAAGGUCUUUCCCGAGUUGAGAAAACAGCGAGAAGAGAAGGAGCGGUUUUCCAGGGUCGGCGCAAGAGUCAAGAGCGACGCGGAGAUGGAGGAGAUCAUGGACGGUUUGCAGGAACAGGAGAAUGAAGAUAAGAAGAUGCGAGCCUAUGCCGUCAUUCCCCCAAUCCUCUUGGAGGAGAGAAAGAGACGGCACCGUUAUAUUAACCAAAAUGGACUAAUAGAAGAACCAAUUAGUGAGUAUAAGGAUCACAAAAAUAUAAAUAUCUGGACCGAGCAGGAGAGGGAAAUAUUUCGUGAUAAAUACUUACAACACCCGAAGAACUUUGUUGUGAUAGCAAGUUAUUUAGAGAGAAAGUCAGUGAGUGAUUGUAUCCAAUACUAUUAUAGCACCAAAAAGAAAGAAAAUUAUAAGAUGCUAGUGAAACGGCGAAUAAGACGACCCCGAAAACCCAACAACCAGCCGGUCGAGGUGGUCCUGGGCAUGAACUCCACGGGGGUGACGACGAGAGGUUCGGUGGCGGCAUUACGGACGCAACAGCCCUCUAAUAGCAACAGACCGACCAUCUCCAUGACCGGAGGACAGGACGAGCCCCAGAACUACACAGUGAGCGGCCAGCCCCCCUCCAGCGCGGCCAACACUCCCUCCCACUCCGUCACUGCCAACAACACCCCGGCCACCUCCCCGGGCCCGAGCAUCGCCAUGGACCACCCCACCUCUAUGGGGACAACCGCCGAGUCUUGUAGCACCGCGACUACCAACACAACAUCCACUAUGUCCAGCAAAGAAGUUCAAGAAAAGGACAAGGAAAACCUAUCUGUCAGUGACAAGCCUGGCAGAAGAGAACGCAUACGGAAUAAAGAGGACGACAAGACCAAAGAUGCCCAGGAUUCCAGCGAUGACGAUAAUUCUGCGGAACACGGUAAAGGGGGUCCUCAUGAGUGCCUGGUGUGCAACGCCCAGUUGGAACACUACGGUCAGUCUCGGCCCGUGGCUCCCGGCCAGGCCUCCCAGUAUGGACUUUCAGAAUCCCACCUGCCUGCCAAUCCUCGUGUCUGUAAUGCGUGCAGAUGUCGUGCCGUGCGCAGGAGGGUCACGCAGUCUUCCAGAUGCCCGAUCCCGACUUGUCCAACCCCCAAGUGGAGGGGGAAGCGUCUGCGGCCAUUACCCUCAAGGUGGGCGGAACUUCCCCCGGAGGUGAAGGAACCCAUCAUCAGAGAAUUCCAGAUACCAAGUGAUGUGACAAAGUGCUGCUCGGCUUGUCACAAUCGCAUAACCCGCAAGUUGGGUCCAGAUGCUGAAGAGCCGGUGGAUCCAACAGGCUGGACAGAUGAAGAUGUUGAUGCGCUAAGAUGUGCCCUGAGGGAGGUUGGGUGUCAUUGGUCAAAAGUUGCUGAGCGACUUCCCAACAAGACAGAGGGGCAGUGCAAGAGUUUCUACUUCAACUUCAAGAAAAAAUACAAAUACGAUGAUGUGGUCGCUGAAUACCGUAAGGCUCGAGGUAAGGGCGACGGACCACCCACAGUUACAGACGAGGAGGAGAGUGGGUCGUCGACUUCUAGCUGUGAUGAAGAUGGUACUGUCCCGCCCCCUCCUGCUGGCCCAGAUUCUGCCUCAGACACCGCCUCGGCUCCGUCCCCGGGUCCAGCCCACCACAACAACAUUGAUGAGAAACGUGAGACUGCUGGGGCGGGCGAUGGAGUGAUGAAGGAGCCCUUACCACCAGUCACCCAGCCUCCCUCUAUUGUACGGGAAGAUUAUGACUCUUCAGCCACUGCCAGCGCAGAAGAGGAGGGAUUGGGUGGAGUUGGACGAGAUUCACCCGAGGUUCAACACAUUCCUCACCCAGGCGAGAGAAGACCCGCCCCCACAACACCCAGUAAACCUCCACAUGCUCCUGCUGUUCCACCUAAUUCCAGACCAACGCCAGAGAAUGUUACAACAUCGUCCAGUAAUGUGCGGGAUCUUAUAUUUCUUACAAUUGAGAAGUCGUUGGAAGACAAGAUCCCUAAUCCUCCUACCAAGUCUCCACCUACUUUGCACUCCAUUCUGAAGGCAACACAUGGACGUCAAGCACCACCACAACCAUCACCUGGCAGUCUAGAGUAUCCGCGUGAACAGCGAUUACCAGUUCUUGGUAGAUACAAUGACCCUCGGGCUGGCCUUCCCACAACUGAUGUCCCAGUUUAUGAUGUUCAGUGUGAGGGACUCGACCUCAGUAUUCAUAAGCGUAAUCGCUCGUCGCCACCUCAGCACCCACAACACCAGCCACCCCCGCCACCCCUUCAACACCCUCCCCAGACCCAUCAACCACCACCACCACCUCCUACUUCAACGCCAAGGGAUAUUCCCACACUGACGGUGCGAGGCGGCGCAGAAGUGACAAUCACCAGCAAAGAGCCACCACCACGGGCACACUCCAACACCACAUACACUAAACCCCCUCAUGAAUCCUGGACCUUAACAGAUCUGCGUAACAAGUCUCCGUCUGCUUUCAUUGCUGAUUCCAGAAACAUGCCACACCAACCUCCAUCAAUCAUGACGAGUGUGGUGGCUAGUGGUGCCUCUCCUUUAGUGUACACAACUCCUGUACGGUCACAACAUGCCCAACAGGCAUCCAAACCCAAAGUCAGCAUGGCCCCACCACCACCACUAACUACUGUUCGUACUCAACACCCGCCACCACAGCCAGUCAGCACGGCUUCAAGGAUCCAACUUAAACCUGAAAAGCAAGGGCCACUGCAUGUGGGCUCAAUAACCCACGGGACUCCAGUUAAUCCACCAUCUAUUGUGUCUAUUCCCAUGUCACAGUCAACACGCUUUGACAUGAUGCCGAAAUCAGGUAUAGGAAAGGAAGGAGGCUCAAUCACCCAAGGUACACCCAUGCAUCAUGAACCAAAGCGUUCUGGCACAGGUAAUCCCUAUAAAGAUAUGGUGUUUGAACCCCGACCUGGAAGUGGCGUGGAGAUCAUCCCUCGACCAGCAUUAACUACUCAGUACGAUCGUGACAUGUACCGAGGACCACGACCGCCAAUCUCGUCAGCACCUCCCACCACCACUUAUGCCUAUCCAAGUUAUGCAUAUCCUGCCAGACCACCAUAUAUAGACUCUCAGAUCAGUUCCCGUCAGAUCAUUGCCAAUGAUUACCUGACCUCACAACAAAUGCCGAGACGAGUGAAUGACAAAGACCCACGAGUAUCACCUCGAGGGCGGGACCACAGCCCACAGCAGGACAUGCGCGAUCAUCGUACUUUACCCGGGGCCACCACUGUCAACCGUAUCAUGGACUCCAGAGGAAUUGACCCUCGAACAAUAGACAUCAGAAGUGUGGAUCCUCGUUCGAUCGACAUACGAAACAUAGAUCAUCGGAAUUUAGAUUCACGGGUAGAUCCAAGGACCAUAGAACACAGAAUGGUUGAACUUUCCCGCAGCGGAGAUGCCCGCAAUGUGUACUACCCGGCGGGCGGUCCUCAUGGAUCAUACCAACCUCAAUCACAGUCUGCUUCUGUUUAUCUUCCACAAGAGCGAGUGUCCAGACCACCCCCUUCUCCUGCCUCAGCUCGGGAUGCCACACCAACACCGCCAACUAGUGAACCUGCUCCUUCACCGCAUGAAUUCCGAUCUCCAGGUGUUUCUACGCCCACUCCUCCUCCCCGGGUUGGAGUCAUCCAGAGAAGGCCACCCAGUAAGCCACCUCCUCAUUUACCACCGCCUACAAGUGCAUCGCCACGUACUGAACCUGGAGGUUACUCGCCACGGCAUCCUCCGGGAUCUGAAAACUUUCACGCUCUGGUGGAUAUUGCUGUGGCACAACGUGGUAGUGGGGCUUAUCCUGUUGAUAUUAGACGGGAAAAUAGAUCACAUCAUGACCAGCAACAACUUGAGGGGUUUGAGAAGCAGCUUACAGAUUCCAUGAAUCGGGGUGUUCGUCCCAUGAAUCCAAACAAACACGACAUACGAUCAACACCGCAUGACGGACGGAUCCCACCACCACAUACUGAUGAGCGCCUUUACUUUGAACAACACAGGGAAUAUGAAAGACAGAGAAUUUUAGCAAAAAGUAACGAGCCCAAAGCUGAUUUAGAAAAUGAUGCUGCAAAGGGAUUGGCAGCAUGUUUUAAAAAGGACGACCCUAAGACGGCGCCCUCCCCCAAGGGAAAUAAUCGCCCUCAAAGUGAAACGUUGACAGCUGCAAAUUUAAUAGAUGCAAUUAUCACUCACCAAAUCAACAACAACAGUGGAGAUGGUGGUGGUACAGGGAGUGGAGGGGGAGGGGGUGCAGGGAGUGGAGGAGGCUGUAGUGAGCAAAGGACAAUUAGAAGGGAGGGUGACGGUGGGUUGCCAGUAGUGGAAUUAGACAAGCGUGUAAGAUCACCGGCCGGUCCUCCACCAAAAGAGAAAGAGGUGGUGAUGGUCGAGGACGGACCUGACCUGCGGCCUCCCAACCCUAUUAAUCACAAGGAGGGGUUGGGCCCUUCUCUACAUGUACCUUCUCAUCACCAAGGACCCAAGUCUAUGAAAGCUCACGUGGACCAGAUUAUUCAUAGGGAGUUUAAUUGUGGGGACGGACGGAAGAUGUCCGCUUCACACUUGACUUACAACCGUCCUGCCAUUGAAAUUCUAAGAACAGAGGGGCGGUCUAUUGUUGGAUCUGGGGGUCCACCAGCUGUGACGGUGUCACAGGUGGGUUAUGAACACUGGAAGGUGCGGGGCGGCCUAGAAAAGGAAGGCAAAGAAAGAAUUGAGUCACGAUCGCCCCACCGCCCGCCACCCACCACAGCACCGCCCAGUACCCACCACCUCUCUGCUCAACAUUUGGCGCCCGAUGAACGGCAGAUUAUCAGGAUUGCACAGCCAGUUUCUCCCAGGCCAGACCACAAGAUGCGUACUCCUCCAGCUGCCCCUGCGGGUAGUUUUCCAGUAGAACCAAUAUCACCUCCCACAUCCUCUGCCCCGUCCACUUCUGAUCCAAACCACACUGAAACAAAUGUACACUGUUAUUUCCACAAGCGGCCAUACCAGCCUGCGGCAUCAAAAGAGGUGUUCGAGUAUGUACGUUGCAAGAUUGCUGAGGUGAUGAGAACGCCAGAUUCACAAGACGGGGAGAUGCGGGUUCACGAGGACAGCAGACAUCCCCGCUCUGGAACACCAGUUUCACAGCAGUCAGCACCCCAGCAGAACGCUCACUUUGACGUGGAGGAUCCAUCAAAAAAACGGCCACGCCCGGAUCCAGGUGAGCAGCGGCCACCAUCCCGUCCACGGUCUACAGGCGAUAUGGCGAAAGACAGACGGGAAGAGCCAACUGCACGUGACGACGUGGCAGACUCUCCUCAGUCAGGAGAGAUGGUGAUAGACGAGUCGCCACGUGAUCAUCCUCCUACUUCCAAAUCUGGGGACAUGGGGGGUGGAGGAAAGGUGGUAUCAAAAGGAGGUGAAGCAGGUGAACGUUACCCACAAGGUAGCAGUGGGCCGGGUAGCCAGUACCCUUAUCCCUAUCCCGGUUUCCGUGGUCACGGUGGUCAGAGUGUAGGGGGCCCCGGGGCUCCCCCUCCCACCACCACAACUACCACUAGUAGUAAUGCCAGUGGGGGACGCCACCCCCAAGGCUACGAACCAAACGUUGAACCCGUGAGUGACGAUGACUGAAACCCCGGACUGGACAACUGCCGUGAUAAGUGUUAUCUGUGAUCUGUUUUGUGGACUAGUGUUGUCGCGCCGCACUCUGGUGUACAAAGCUACCCCAUCUCUAUGUGUAUAUAGGAGUAAGUAGGUGGUUUGUGUUAAUACUCAGGCUCUGGGUGUGAGGCCCCUGCUGCUACACCACGUCUUGCUGUGCCCACACCCUGCCCCCUCCCCCCCUUGACCCGCUCUCAUCAUCCAUUCUUCUCCAAUAGAUAUUUAUGAACCUUACAAAUACUGUGGUGACCUCUCCUUGUCAUUUUCACCGCUGCUCUUGCCGGCCAUUAACGUUGGUGUGUAGCAAGCGUGGCAGCGUGACCUGGCACCCCCGCCAGCCACGUGGAGGCAGCUGCCUACAACUGUGGCUGGUGGUGACAGCAGUGCCCACACAGACCAUCGUAGAGAACAAAGCUGUCCUACUGGGGCACGGACGGCGCCCACCCGCUGCUAUAUUCAGACAAGUUCAUUCCAAAGCCCCCGCAGGCCGGCCUGGCUGGGCGGUGGCGUGGGGUAGUCCGCAUUGUACAGACCUUCCACUUGUUGAGGGCGGCGAUGCGACGGACGGGUCCCCCCCACGGCCUCCCACGCUCUCCUACGCACCGCCGCCCAACUCUCACAUCAUUACAUGUCAGAAAUGUUAUUUUUGUUGAAAUAAAGAUGCUCAAAACUUAA